GCUUUGUCGCGCUUGCACGUAUCGCUGCACAUGUUCUGUGCACAUAAUAUGAAAGCGGAAGGUCGCGACCUUGACUGUAGUGCAGCGUGAGAAAUUUCCGAUUGCGGUCAAGUUUUAAGCAAUAGUUCAGCUUGGGACCUCCGCUCAGUCGCCCCAGCUACUACCAGGUGACAGCCCGUUCAGAAACCGCUCCGCGAUGGCUUGGCCGCUGCUUUGGCUGCUUCUGUGCCUACUAUCUGUCGCUGAUCUCCAGGAGGCGGCAGACGGGGAUUGCUGUGCUGAUGAUGCACAGGAAAAUCAGGUCACCGCUACCGAGGACGAGUUACAGGAUGUGGAGCUGGAAGCGGCGUGUCCUGAGCUCAGUGGGCAGAUCAUUGGAGGCAGACCCAGCUCGGUGACCAGGCACCCUUACCAGGUGUCCAUGGUGAUAAAUGGGAACUCCUUCUGCGGAGGAUUUAUUAUCAGCAGGGACUACAUUCUCACCGCAGCGCAUUGCGUACAAACCGCAGUUCCCGGCGCCAUCCGUGUCCGAGUGGGCAGCACCCGCCGUGACCGCGGCGGCAGUAUCGUCAGCGUGUCGGGCGUGUCGGUGCACCCGCAGUACGGGCAGCCGCAAUUCGACCACGACAUAGCGGCACUGAGGCUCACUGCGCCGCUCGUGUUCGGGCCGGCGAUCCAGCCCAUCCGGCUGCCGAACCCGCGGCAGGCGGUGCCGCUCGUGCGGCUGACUGUCACCGGAUGGGGCUUGACUGCUCCAGGAGGGCGUCGGAUUCCCCGGAACAUGAUGGAAGCUAACGUGCCCGUGGUGCCACACUGGCUGUGCAGGCUUUCAUACGGAGACUCGCUCACGUCGAAUAUGUUCUGCGGAGGACAUUUCCUUAUCGGCGGAGUGUCUUCGUGCCAAGGCGACUCCGGCGGGCCGGCCGUGUUCCGCGGGACGGCGUUCGGGAUCGUGUCGUUUGCUCGCGGCUGCGCGCUACCGCUGUCGCCCACCGUGUUCAGCAAUGUAGCCGCGCUGCGGGACUGGGUCACGCAGAUGACUGGCGUGUAGCCCGGCAAGGCUCAGCGUAUAGCGGUCACACACAGC